AAAAAAUACAAAAAUAUUGUCAAAUUGACAGUAGUUUCAUAAUUACAAAUGUCAAAAGAAAUUUGGCUGUGAAAACAUGCUGCCUGGAAUCGGUGUAUUUGGAACAGGAGCGGUUGUGAAAGUAUUAGUGCCUGUUUUACGUGAAAAAGGUUUUAAAAUUGAAGCAUUAUGGGGACGAACAUUACAAGAAGCACACGACACAUCAAAAGAGCUACAAAUACCAUUUUAUACAAAUAAAAUAGAUGAUGUACUACUUCGUAAAGAUGUCGAUUUAAUCUUUAUAUUAUGUGCUCCAGUUUUGCACGCCCAAAUAGCGGUUAAAGCAUUGGGUAUUGGUAAACAUGUAGUAUGUGACAAACCGGCUGGUUUAUCUCAAUCCGAAGCAUUGAAAAUGGUUUGUGCGGCACAGUAUUAUCCAUCGUUAAUAUCAAUAGUUAAUCAUUCCUUACGUUUCUUACCUGCAUUUUCACAAAUGAGACGAGCUAUACAUGAAGGCUAUCUGGGGUCAAUCAAUGAAAUCUCAUUGAUUGAUAUUCGAGUCCAAAUGGGAUCUCUAUUAAAUGAUUGUUUUGACUGGUUAUGUGAUGAAACCAUGGGUGGAGGAACACUUACAUUAGUUGGAAGCCAUGUUAUCGAUUUAGUUACUUAUUUAGUUGGUCAUAAAGCUGUACGUGUUCAUGGAAUUAUUCGAGCUUUUACGAAAACAACGAACAAAAUUAAAGGUAUUCGUAAUAUAUCAGCACCGGAUUUUUGUUCUUUUCAAAUGGAACUUGCAAAUGGUACUCUAGUCACAGCUACUUUAAAUAAUCACGUAGCUGGUAGCGGAUUUCAUCAAGAAGUUCUUGUUUGCGGUAAAAGUGGACAUCUAGCAGUUCGUGGUGGGGAUCUCUUUGGUAGAAAACAUAACGAUAUUAAAAGUGCAGAAGAAGUUUUAUAUUUAGAUGUAGAGGAUUUACAAUGUCCUACACCCGUAUCUGUAAUACCUAGACCAUACAUUAAAGGUUUAUGUAAAAUGAUACGAGCUCUUAGAGAAGCAUUCUUACCGGUUCGUGAACAAGCUGGUUGGGUGAAAGAACCAGUUCAAUUAGCAGCAACUUUUGAAGAUGGUUUGUAUGUACAAGCUGUGUUAGAGGCCGUUAAAAAAUCAUCACAAAAUCGAGAAUGGACUAUUGUUAGUAUUUUAAAAGAACAACCCGAUCCUAAUCCGUUAUUAAGUGCGGCAGUAAGAAGAACUACGAUAUCAUUGACUUAAAACGUAUUUGCUUCGACAUCAAACUUUUGAGACUGUUAAUUUAAGUUUUUUUUAAACUAAAUUAUAUAUUUUUCGAUUUGCGUCCCGUACUUCUAAAACCUUAAACAUAAUAACUAUUUAUUGUUUUUAAA